GCGUGAAGUGUGUUGACUGACUGGUUUCACUCCGGCUUGUAGCCAAGAAAGUCACUUUAGACGACAUUUCUUCUAUUUAUAUAAAGAUAUAACAAACCAAAUAUCAUGAACAGCUUACUUAGAUCUACUGCUCGGUGUCUGCGGUCUGGGGCAGCGGUCUUUCUUCCCAGACAAGCCGACGGUCGCGUGUUGUCGGCCCCGGCCCGGCUUCUGUGCGCGGCCGCGGAUAACCAAAAAGACCUUGGUGAGAUGGUGAAGAAGGACAAAGUGGUGGUGUUUAUGAAGGGGACGCCGGCACAGCCCAUGUGCGGCUUCAGUAACGCCGUGGUUCAGAUCCUCCGGAUGCACGGGGUAGACGACUACGCCGCGUACAACGUGUUGGAUGACCAGGACCUCAGACAAGGAGUAAAGGACUUCUCCAACUGGCCCACGAUCCCUCAGGUGUACUUCAAUGGCGAGUUUGUGGGAGGCUGCGACAUCUUGCUCCAGAUGCACCAGAACGGAGAUCUGGUGGACGAGUUAAAGAAGCUGGGUAUCCAUUCUGCACUGCUGGACGCUGAGAAAGAGUCCAAGUAGAGGACAAGCAGAAACUUCAAAACCGCUGACAAGACAGAGGACACAUUCAUCAGGUUGAAGCCCUACUCAGAUGAUCGUAUAUGAAUCAACUCUCUAGGCAGCCAUGGGCAAAAUUCACCCCGAGUGCAGAUUAGACUUUAAUCUUGGAAGAAAAAAAAGAGUCUUCACAGGGAUUUCAAAAUACAUUUUACUCACAAUAAAUCUGUACCAUA